AUGAGUACUCUAUUUUGGCUUGGGACCUUAGUUUGUGUUUAUGUACUUGUACCUGCAAUUUUGUUUGUGGGACUACCUUACCUAACAGUAGGCACGAAAUCAUUGAGAAAAAGAGCUAUUGUUUAUGUUAUUGGUGAAAUUGGGCAUUCACCAAGAAUGUGCUAUCAUGCACUAAGCUUAAGCAUGCGUGGAUGGGAUGUUGAAUUAUGUGGUUACGUAGAAGAUGAAUUACCAGACAUUAUUAACGCAGAUCCUAAUAUAACAAUCCAUCGCUUACCAAUUUUAAAAAAUUCAACAAAGAAACCAAAUAUUUUAUUUAUGAUUAAGAAAGUAAUCUUCCAAAUAAUGGCAAUUAUUGGCCAAUUAUGGAACCUACGAGGAAGUGACUACUUGCUGAUGCAAAACCCUCCAAGCAUUCCAAUACUUCCAUUAGCUGUAAUCUUUAGAUUGACUGGCUGUAAACUAAUUAUUGACUGGCAUAAUUUAGCAUAUUCUAUUUUACAAUUAAAAUUCAAAGGUAACUUUAAUCAUCCUUUUGUUUUAAUAUCAUAUGGUAUAGAAUAUUUCUUUAGUAAAUUUGCCACAUGUAAUUUAGUGGUUACUGAUGCUAUGAAAGAGUAUCUAAUACAAUCAUUCGGUUUAAAGCCAGAAAAAAUUGCGGUACUUCAUGAUAGGCCAGCUAAUCAAUUCAAACCAUUAUCAGAAAAAGCUUCAAGGUCAACCCUAUUAACAAAUGAAAAUUUUAUUAAAUCAUAUAUUCCAAAAGAUUUUGAUCUAAGCAAAGGUGAUAAGAUAAUCGUAACAUCUACUUCAUUUACCCCUGAUGAAGAUUUGGGAGUAUUAAUAAAGGCUCUUAAGUUAUAUGAAAAGAACUGCGAGGAGAACAAACUCUUACCCAAAAUCUUAUGUUUUGUAACUGGUAAAGGUCCAUUAAAGUCUCAUUAUAUGCAUGAAGUAGAAAAAGAUAAUGAAGAAGGUGUAUGGAAGAGUGUGAAAAUAGAAUUUGUUUGGCUAAAAUCGGAGGAUUAUCCUAAGUUGUUACAAUUAUGUGAUUAUGGUGUAUCAUUGCAUACAUCGAGUUCAGGAUUGGAUUUGCCAAUGAAAAUAUUAGAUAUGUUUGGUUCUGGUAUUCCUGUAUUAGCAAUGGAUUAUCCAGUAUUAGCUGAAUUAGUCACUGAAGGAAAGAAUGGUUUGAAAUUCUCAAAUUCUAUUGAAUUAUGUAAUGAGCUUAUCAAGAUCAUCAAAGAUAAAUCUUUAGAUAUUAAUCUAAGGAAGAAUGCUAAAGAAGAAUCUAAAAUUAGAUGGGAAAAUAGUUGGGAGCCUGCCAUGAAAGAAUUAAAAAUUAUUCAUUAG